AUGAGUGCAAUUUUUCAGGUUUCUUCAUAUAUGUCUUUGAUUCGGCAUUCGUUUCCAGCUCUUCGUCUAGUUUUAUGGGGUCCUUUUGGAACAGGAAAAUCAGUAACGUUGAACCAGGCUGUUCAUAUUGCUUACUGUGAAAAAAUGGUUAUAGUGCAACUGCGUAAUGCGAUGGAUCUCACACGAAAAGUAGCAGAAGUCGAGAUGUCAACGUUCAAACAGGGGAGAAUUAAUGACCCUAAAAACGCCGUAACCAUACUCCAACACUUUAAAGAACAGAAUCAGCAUCUAUGGAAAAAGUUGAAUGCGUUGAAAACUGAUCGAGACUACGAGUUUACGAAAAGUGAACGUAUUCAAACUGGUAGACCAAUCACAGAUAUAGUCGAAAUAGGCAUAUCAGCUCCUUUUCUUGCGAGUGACUGCGUUGGUGGGCUGUUUCGAGAAUUGAAACGGCACUCAUCUUCUGGAGGUUUUAAGCUGUUUGUCGCUGUAGAUCUUGCCAACUCUCUUUGGGGUAGAACAUUGGUUAAAAAAGCCGACAGAACUUAUGCUUCUGCUUCCGAUUUGACACUCGUACAACACUUCAGAGAUUUAAUCUCUUCAGAUUGGGUAAAGAAUGGAUGUGUUUUACUGGUUGCUGAUAAGAGCGAACUUGCAAAUGCUCGAGAUUCUAUCACGGUAACGAGACACACUCCAUUGGAGUUGUUCGGAGAAGGGGGAUUCCAUUCUAUCGAGCCAUUCAUACCUAUUGAGACGAAGCAAUAUACAAAGGAAGAAAUUAGCAACAUGUAUCGUUAUUACUAUGACAAAAGGUGGCUCGUAAGCGACAAAGGUACUUUCUUUUUUGGAAAUAGAAUACUUAGAGAUUUAAUUAGUUAA